AUGAGCCUCCCCAGCCGGCCAGCGACUGGCAUUUUUCUUUGCCUCUGUCACGGUUCCAAGCAAGCUCGAGCAGCUCUGCCACCCUCUGCCCUUUGGCCACACACCCCGCGGUCGAUUACCACCCGCAACACUCUGACCUUCAACAACACAGCUUUGGCCACUGCCACUGCUUCUGCCUCCUUUCUUCAAUACCAGUGGCACCGCAAUCUGGACUCGUCGUCUUUGUCGCAGCUGCCCUACACCACCAGCAUUAUGACUACCCUUGCCGAUGGCCUGUCCCUCGAUACUUUGCCCUCCGAGUCGAGCGCCACAAUGACCACCGCCACCACCACAUCGUCUUCACCCACCACCACCACCACCAAGCGCGCCAACACCGUCUGCCAUGGCAUUGUCGACUCGCUGGAGGCCAAGCUCCCUGAAAAGUGGUGGGAGACUCUUUUCGAUGAAAUGUACCUGAAGACGGAUGGCGAUGUUGUGGAGAAUGCCGACAUUACCGCCGAUGAGGUCGAUGCCAUCCUCAACGCAGUUGCGCUGCCUGAUCAAGCUGCCGUGUUGGACCUCUGCUGCGGCCAGGGCCGCCAUCUUCUCGAGUUGUCCCAGCGUCGCUCCGAUUUGCAACUCUUUGGUCUCGAUCAGUCUGCCUUUCUCAUCCAAACGGCUCAGGCCCGGGCCGAUGCCAGCCAAAAGAAUGUCCACUUCACCGUCGGUACCUGCGAUGCUCUGCCCUACGAAGCCAAUUCGUUUGACCUCGUGACCAUCAUGGGCAACUCUUUUGGCUACUUUGAGCGCGCUGAAGUUGAUCAAAUCGUCAUUGCUGAAGUUCAGCGCGUCCUCAAGCCCGGCGGUACCGUUCUCCUCGACCUGACCGACGGCGAGCACAUGAAGAAUACCUUUAGCCCUCGCUCCUGGGAGUGGAUCGACGAUACGCUCCUCGUCUGCCGUGAGCGCCAGCUUGCCAGUGACGGCCGCCGCCUGGUCUCGCGUGAGGUCAUCACUGACACGAACAAGGGUGUCGUUCGCGACCAGUUUUAUGCCGAGCGCCUCUACACCUUCCCAGAGCUGCGCGCUGUGUUGGAGAAGGCGAGCUUUGUUGGUCCUCGCCAGAUUGACAUUCUCACAGGCGAGAAGAGCGACCGCGGUGGUCAAGACCUCGGUAUGAUGGCCCACCGCAUGUUCAUCCGCGCCAGCAAGGCCCCCACGGAGGUUCAGCUCCUGACCAUGGGCACCCAGGCCAGUCUGCCCAUUGAGACCACCGACACGGCCAGUGAGCAAACCAUCUCGGGUGUCAGCACGCCCGGUACAGCCAAGCUUGUGGUGGUCAUGGGCGAUCCCAGCCGCCCAUCAUCGGAGAAGCUCAAUCAGACGUGGAAUGAUGAGGAUCUGCUCACGAUCGAAAAGCUGAAAGGUGUUGUCCUUGAGCGCUUUCAACAGGAUCGUGAAGUCGUCUUCUUGAACCACCACGACUCCAUGUUCGAGGCCCUCACCGCUUUGGCUCGCGAGCACAUCCCCCCGGUCAUCUUCAACCUCUGCGACGAAGGCUUCAACAACCAUGCUCGCCUGGAGCUGCACGUCCCCGCCAUGAUGGACAUUCUCGGUCUGCACUACAGUGGUGCCGCUCCAGCUUGCUUGGCUAUCUGCUACGACAAGGGCCUGGUCAACGCGCUGGCCCGUCGCCUGGGCGUUCCCGUGCCUGCCGAGGUCUUUAUCUCUCACGAAACGGAUUUGCGCCAGCUCUUGAUCGACGAGGCGGCCGCCACCGAAUUUCUACAGGAUCUCGACUUUCCCGUCUUUGUCAAGCCCGUGCGCGGUGAUGGCUCAGUUGGUAUCACUGCCGACUCCAUCUGCAACAACGUGGAAGAGCUCAUCUCCUACGUGGAGGCCGUGCGGGCCAACCCUACGGUCUUGAGCAAGGAUGUGGUUGUGCAGGAAUACCUGCAGGGCGAGGAGGUCUCCGUCGGUGUUAUCGGUAACCCUGAAAUGGAUGCCGUCGGUGACGUUAUUCCGGACAGCGCCCUUUUCUUGCCCAUUCUAAAGGCGGACUUUUCCCAGCUGCCCGCCGAUUUGCCUCCCAUUCUCUCCUAUGAGUCCAAAUGGGAUCCCGAGUCCCCUUAUUGGACAGACGUGCAGUACAAGCCAGCCGAGGUGAGCGCUGAGCACCGACGCCAGCUGCACCAGCAGUGCGCCCUCUUGUUCAACCGCUUUGAGCUGCGUGACUUUGGUCGAUUUGACUUCCGCUUUUCCAAGCGCACGCAAACAUUCAAGCUGCUCGAGGUCAACCCCAACCCGGGUUGGUGCCAUGAUGGUAAAGCGGCUCUCAUGGCCCAAAUGGCCGGGCUGAAUUAUGCCGACAUGAUUCAGCGCAUCAUUUUGGCGGCCGAGGCGCGAAUCGAAAAGGCGCGGAAUGCUCAGUGGAAGCUCUAA